AUGAAGGGUGUGUGGAGCACCCAGAGGGAGCAGCGCAAGAGACAGUCGGGUUUGCACGAGCGGGGCGGCAUCACCGGAGGGCUACGACCCUUCGCACCGCUGCUGGAAAACGGAGCGAAAAUCACAGCACCCCUUAUCUAUGCUGUUGGGAUUGCUGCCAUUGGAUCUCUCCAGUUUGGGUACAACACUGGUGUCAUCAAUGCUCCCGAGAAGAUCAUCCAGAGGUUCUUCAACAGAACCCUUACAGAACGGAGCGGGAAGGCUGUCUCCCCACAGCUCCUCACCUCUCUGUGGUCCCUUUCUGUGGCCAUCUUCUCAGUAGGAGGAAUGAUUGGCUCCUUCUCAGUCAGCCUGUUUGUCAACAGAUUUGGCAGGAGGAACUCCAUGCUACUGGUGAACAUCUUGGCCUUUGUUGGUGGCAUUCUCAUGGCCUUCUCUAAGAUUGCAAAGGCAGUGGAGAUGCUGAUUAUUGGCCGCUUCAUUAUUGGCCUCUUCUGUGGUCUCUGCACUGGCUUUGUACCCAUGUACAUCAGCGAGGUCUCGCCCACCAGCCUCCGUGGAGCCUUUGGCACCCUCAACCAGCUGGGCAUUGUUGUGGGCAUCUUGGUGGCCCAGAUCUUUGGCCUGGAGGGCAUCAUGGGGACUGAAGCACUUUGGCCACUGCUUUUGGGGUUCACGAUGCUCCCAGCAGUCCUGCAGUGUGUGGCUCUUCUUUUCUGCCCUGAGAGCCCCCGUUUCCUGUUGAUCAACAAGAUGGAGGAAGAGAAAGCGCAAGCAGUUCUCCAGAAGCUCCGUGGUAUGCAGGAUGUGUCUCAAGACAUCCUGGAGAUGAAAGAAGAGAGUGCUAAAAUGUCCCAGGAAAAGAAAGCAACUGUGCCAGAGCUUUUCCGUUCUCCAAACUACCGUCAAGCCAUUAUCAUUGCCAUCAUGCUGCAGCUCUCCCAGCAGCUCUCGGGCAUCAAUGCUGUAUUCUAUUACUCUACCGGGAUUUUUGAAAGAGCUGGUAUCACACAACCUGUGUAUGCCACCAUUGGAGCUGGCGUGGUGAACACUGUCUUCACUGUUGUGUCGCUGUUCCUGGUGGAGCAUGCGGGGCGCAGGACCCUCCAUUUAGUUGGUUUGGGUGGCAUGGCUGUGUGUGCUCUCCUUAUGACCAUCGCUUUAGCUCUGAAGAACACUGUGGAAUGGAUCAGAUACAUCAGCAUUGUUGCCACUUUCGGCUUUGUGGCUCUAUUUGAGAUUGGCCCUGGCCCUAUCCCCUGGUUCAUUGUGGCAGAACUCUUCAGCCAGGGCCCACGGCCUGCAGCCAUGGCAGUGGCUGGUUGUUCCAACUGGACCUCUAAUUUCUUGGUGGGAAUGCUCUUCCCCUAUGCAGAGAAACUAUGUGGCCCCUACGUCUUCCUCAUUUUUCUUGUUUUCCUGGUCAUCUUCUUUGUCUUCACGUUCUUCAAAGUGCCAGAGACCAAGGGCAGGACUUUUGAGGACAUCUCCAGGUGCUUUGAAGGACGAGCAGAAGCUAUCCUCACAUCUGUAAAGAACCCCAUGAUGGAGCUGAACAGCAUACAACCUGACAAAGAUGCUUCCUAA